UCUAAUAUAGUAGAAAGGUUGGUUAUUAGGCCCAUACGGCUUUUAACAUUUGUGUUAUAUUUUCUGAUUAAAAACAUGUUAAAGGAAACUUCGCACAAAGUUUAUUUUAAGAAGUGCGUUAAAUAUAAAGCAAGCAUUCAACGGUUUUGGCAAUUACUUGUGCGACUUGAAACAUUUCGACCUGAAAAUUCAAAUUAAAUUUUCACUUUCUCAAGUCUUCAUUUGGUUUGUUGCCUUAAAACCAUAGCGUCACAAACUAUUUUCAAAUAGUUUGAGAAUACAUACCAGUCCAUAAAUAAAUUGUAAUUCUAUAGUAUAAUAAACAUAGAAACGAGACGGUAGCGAUGUUUAUUUUGAUAGACGAUGCUCUUUCGCUCUGAAUCACUUGAGACGUUUAAAUCAUUCUCUAAACACACACCUGACGCGAUCAAAUUUGUAGGUAGAUCUGAACAAAAAGUCCUUUUCAUUGCAACGGUAAAAUGCCAGUUGAAAGUAAUUAUUUUACGCGUGAAUAACAACAAAUGAAUAUGAAGAACGAGCACAUCAAAUUGAUCAUGGUGAUCACUGCCUCGUCGGUUUUGGCGGUAGCAUUGGUCUUGAGCAUCGCCUUCACUUCCAUAUUCAUCGUAUCUCUUUUGAGGUCGACGUUUGCUUUCAUCAUUGCCAUCAUCCACUUCAUUACGGAGGUAAUUACAGCCAUCGUAGCAGCCAUAACAUCGGGUCUAACAAUAACAUGUUCGAUAAUUGUUGCCGUAUCCACGGCUGCAUUCAUCUUGCCAGCAUCCAAAAUAAAAGGACGCGUCUUUGUAUCUUUCCUUAUUGCAAGCACCUCAACGGCAUCCUACAUAUCAGCUAUUUUCAUUUUUACCGCUCCAAAAAUGGGAACAGAAGUAGCCACAGCAGUUGUUAUGGCAGCCGCUUCUUCAGUGGCAUUUGCAGCCGCCUGGGCUGUUGGAAUCAUGGUUGGUAGCAAACAUGUCUUCGAAAUGGUCAGGAGAAACAAUCAUAGAAUGUUAAGAAUUAUAUUGAAGUUCAAUGUAUGUAUCAGACAAAAAGAUUUAGAUGUAGGUUUACUGUAUUCGUCAAAAAUAGGAUACCAAGAAUGUUUCGAACAUCUGCUUGAAGCUGGAGCCAAUCCAAACGUUGUAGAUUCUUAUGAGAACACGCCCCUAGCGAUGAGUUGCGAACUAGGAAAUGAUCAGAUGGUAGAAAUGCUAAUUGCCAAAGGAGCGAAUAUUGAAGCGAAAUCGGGAGGAGGUAGAGGCACGGCUCUGCAUCGAGCGUCGAACUGGGGCUAUGAAAAAUGUGUCAACAUUUUAUUGAAAUAUGGCGCCACGCCACACGCCAGAGACGCUUCAAACCGAACUCCAUUAAUGCUUGCCUGCAUCCAUGCGCCAGAUGUUGAUAAGAUAGUGAAAGUCCUACUGAACGCCGGUUCGGACGUCAAUGCAAUAAGUAAUGAUUUUAAAACGGCACUCCACUACGCAUGUUCUCGAAGUAUAAAUUUGAAUUCAUUGAUCAACAGUGGCGCUGACGUAAACUUAAAAGACAUUGAAGGCAAUACAGCUCUACAUUUAGCUGCUUCAAAAGGCAAUUUUCAGGUUCUGGAAGAACUAUUAAUGGCCGGCGCAAAUGUAAACUUAUUGAAUAAUCAAAAUAAAAAUCCAUUGCACAUGGCAGCAAUUAAUGGGUGUGUAAAAUCAAUAGAUAUCUUAUACAAAGUUUGUUCCGUCACAAAGGAUUCGUCCGGACAUUGCCCUCUAUGGUACUCUGCGAAAAAUGGAUUUUACGAUGCAGUGGUUUAUUUUAUAAAAACUAAUUCAUACAUUAUUAAAAACGAUUUUGAAUUUCAAAAUGUUUCAAAUGACCCAGUGGAGGCUGCCUUAGAAAGCAGACACUCGUUAAUAGCGAAGGUUCUGCUUAUUGGUGGAUAUUGUGACCGCUCCGUAAGCAAAUGGUUGUCGAAUUUGACUGUGACGCCUUGGUUGGAAGACAACCUGGCGUGUGUUGAGUGGUUGAAAAAAUUUCGAUGCAAUCCCAAACCUUUGAAACAUAUCUGUCGUCGAGUUAUUCGAGAAGUAUUAAAACAUCGCGUUGUCUAUCUUUCGAGUCACAUUCAAUUUCCAUCUAUAUUGAUCAGAUAUAUCAACUUAGAUGAACUUUUAAAUCCAAUUUGCUGAUAUCCAGCUUAUUUUUGUUAUGUUUUAUGUAAAGUUGAUUAUAAAUUGACACUUAUUUAUAUUUUUGCAUUAAUUUAUUCACGAAGUAUAUUUUAAUACGAGUAUUGAUAUAUUUUUAAAGAAACAUAUUAAAAUUUUAUGUAAAAUGU